AUGACGAACGUGCGGGACGUUAAGAAGAAAGCACCUGACGGUGGCUGGGGAUGGUUCGUUUGCCUUGGCAGCAGUUUAAUAUCGCUUACACUAAGAUCUCUGGAUCCUUCGUUUGGUCUCCUUUUUCACGACCCUUUGAUGGAGCUUGAAAUAGAUUCCACAGGAACGUCGUUGAUAACGGGUAUCCUCGAUGCCAUCGUCAAUUUUUCAGGUCUUCUCAUAGGACCUUUGUUGAAGAGAUUUUCUUACAGAAAAGUGGCCUUCUUCGGGUCGCUUUUAAGUUGCAUUGGAUUGAUACUCACAUCGUUCGCCAACAGCAUAAUGCAUAUUAUUUGCACUUACAGUAUUUUAGGAGGUUUAGGAACUGGACUGUCGCUAGCGUCAUCAUUUGUCGCAUUAAACACGUUUUUCGAUAAAAAACGGGGUCAAGCAGUUGGCUUUUCCAUGGCAGGGACAACAUUAGCCAUGAUGCUAGUACCACAAUUCAUACACGUUCUUCUGGAUGCUUAUGGAUUCCGAGGAGCCAUGUUAAUCAUUGGUGGAUGGGCGCUCCAUUCUGUAGUCGGUGCUUGUUUACUGAGACCACUAAAAACUGAUAAUACAAAAGUUACUGAAAAGAAUCCUAAUAAGACGACAGAAAUCGAAUCAUUACUUCAGAAAGAUAGCAACGGUGUGGCAAAAAAAAUAGGAAAUGCCACAUUAUGUUCAAAGGACAACGAAUUGAUGAAGGACGAAGCAAAAAAGCAACAAAAUGAUUCGUCAUUUCUUGGAAAGAUAAUGGAAACCUUUGAUUUGGACCUUCUGAAAAAUGGUGUCUAUGUAAAUGUUAUUAUCGGUUUGAGUCUUUAUUAUGUUGCCGAAUCAAACUUUAAACUAAUGACUCCAUUCUUCCUAUCUUCUAUAGGACUGACAAAGGUGGAAAUUGCCUCUUGUUUAUCGAUAACCGCAUUCACCGACAUUAUUGCCCGACUUCUACUUCCGACCAUCUUCGACAGAUUUGGAUUCAAGAAGAGAUCUGUCUUCUGGGUGUCCUGUAUUCUGGUCGGAAUUGGACGAUCCAUUAUGGCAGCCCAAACGAAAGGAAUAUGUUUGGUAGUGACUUUCAUAGUAAUCGGCUUCUUACGAGGUGCCACUUUAGUCAAUUUGAAUCUCAGCGUCUCUGAAUGCUGUUCCUUGAAGAAAUUGCCGAGUGCAUUUGGAAUGUUUAUGGUGUUCAAGGGUAUAUUCGUUAUAACAAUGAGUCCUCUAAUUGGGUACAUACGAGAUGUCAGCCAAAGUUAUACCCUUUGUAUACAUAUUAUGACACUGAUGAUAAGCGGAACGUUUUUUGCGUGGAGUUUCGAGUUCAUCUUUGACAUAUAUAAAAGAAGAGGCAAAUCUUUUUUACCCUGCAAAAAUGAAGUGACGACACAAGGGACAUAA